UCAGAGUCGCAGACUUGUACCCUUUUUGGUAUGAGCUGCUAUGUUGCAUCAGUGAUUGCGACGGCCAAGCUGGGAUGAUCAAGCAAUUUUUGAUGCUCGGUUGCACAGUAGGUGUUAGUAUCAGAGAACUGAUAUGCUGUUGAAGAUGGCUUUUGCUUAUAAGGGCGCGCAACUCUCCAUGCCAUCUUGCCGUCUCGCUUUCAAACUCUCAACUCGCACAUUUUCGCAAACACUAUCUAUACCAAGUCACCAAUACCCCAUUGAUAUCUUUUUGUAGCCCAUCAGCAAGCGGCAACCACACGCGCGAACUUCAAUAUGGCACCUGCCAAUGCUUUCGUACGUUUCAUGCGCCGAGUAUACAAUCCGCUCGGCUUUUCUAAAGGCUACAACUUCAUCCUUUGGUUCAUUACGAUUGGAUAUCUUCUUGGAUUUACCCUUGCCCGGCUUCAAUACUUGUCUUACAACGGUGUGUUCUGCAACCCCAAUGCCGCCGGAGGAAUCGGAGCAGCUCCUGGUGAAUGCUAUUAUUGGCUGCAAGUGCCGUUCAAAAUUGGCAUGAAGCUACAUUUGUACACCAUCAUACCAGCCGCGUUGCUUGUCUGCUUCCAAUUCGUACCAGUCAUCCGACACAAGAUCAUCUUGUUCCACCGAAUGAACGGCUAUGCUGUCGUUGUCCUAUCUCUUAUCAGCAACGCCGGCACGAUCAUCAUUACCCGACAUGCUUUUGGAGGAGACUUCUCCACACAGACCUGGACAGGGGCUAUGGUCAUCUUGACCACGAUUGGAUACAUCAUGGCUUGGGUCAACAUCAAGUUGUUGCAGAUCGACCAGCACCGUGCUUGGAUGAUGAGGACAUGGGCUUGGUUUGCGACAAUCAUUACUAUCCGGAUCAUCAUGAUCAUCUCGGCUCAAAUAAUCAGCAUGAACAGGAACUGGUACACCACUCGGCCAUGUGCUCAGAUCGAAUUCGCACUUGGACGAAAUGACACGCUUGCGGCGUAUCCUGGUUGCGCAAAUUACUUCAACGGCAAGUCGCCAGAUCUGCCUGUUGUCGUCACCGUGGAUUUCAGCAGUGACAACGCAAUGGAAUUGUCGGCCGCGCUUGCGGUUCCAUUCGGUACAGCUGGUUGGUUGGCUUUAUCGUUGCACACAAUUGCCAUUGAGGUUUAUCUUCGACUCACGCCGAAAGAAUCGAAUAGACUCCGUCAGGUCUCGUAUGAACGUCAGCUCGAGAGGGGGUUUUCCAGACCCGGAUAUGCUGGUUUGGUCCCCGAAAGGUUCGGAGAUGCGGCGCCUUUUCAACCUGCGGUCAAGGCUCCAGCAGAAGAAGGGCAGAAGCCAACAGAACAGCAAGUGGAAAAAUAACGGUUACUCAUAUAGGCCCUGG